UUUGGGUGGAUGUUCUUGUAAUGCUGUUGUUCAAUUAAUACAAAACAUCGGUUCCUUUGGAAAAAAUGAAUAUAAUGUUCAGUUUCUUUGACCAGCUUUCUUUAAUUCUUCAGAUUUUGCAUAAGAAGAUCCAAACAUGUGUUGUUACAAUUUUCUGAAGCGCCAAGAUAAUAAGAAAAAUUGCGUUCUCCUUCCCGAGAACAAGGGACCUGCAUGGCUGCAUGCAACAUGUGGAUCAACAAGUUGCAGGGUGAGACAAGACCAUCUCCAUUUUAAAUGAACCGUAAGAUGCAAAUGGUGCUCAUCGUUGUGUGUAUAUAUAAACCCCGGCCCUCAUCUAAACGUACAUUCAGUGAGACAAGCAAGCACACACCAGUUGAGCUAAUCUUAGCCACCCAACAGCGAAGCAGCUAAACAAGCUCGAGCUCGCCGUGGAAUGGAGGCCGAGAUGUACGUCCACCACGCCGAGCCACUCCGGGCGAACACUGCCACGUGCAUCCCGAGGCUACGCGGUGGCGGCGUCCGGCGUCGGCCGCCCCGGGGCGCCGCUCCGGCCCCCGCGGCGUCGGCGUCCGUGAUGGACCGCGUCAGGGACGUCCUGCUGCGGCUGGCGAUGCUGUCGGCGGCAUCCUCGUCGUCGCCCAAGGCCGGCACUCGCCUCCAGCAGCACACGACGGCCACGGCGCCGACGAGGGCGGCGUCGGUGCGCAUGAGCCCGUCCUACUCCGAGUCGUACCCGAGCGACGCCGUGGACGACUGCAUCGAGUUCCUCAAGCGCUCGGCGGCCGGCAAUGGCGCCGUCGUCUCUGCCCCUGCUGGAGCUGCCCCGCGGCAGUCGGCCGUGAGCUCGGCCCCGCCGCCGUCGCCGUUGCACGCGUGAUCUGCAUCCAUGUGACGUGCCACUAGCUGGAAUCUUAAUUAUUCUGCAAGAUCCACGCAUGAGUUGGUGUGUGUUUGACUGUUCGUACAUGUGGAUGUUUGUUGGGUGGUGGUUGCAUGCAUGUGUAGUGUGGUAGAUGUUGGCGUACGUGUUGGAUGUAUAUAACCAAAGUUUUGUGCAAGUUUACCCCAACUUGUCAAGUGGAGUUACAAUA